CCAAAUGCUAUUGAGGACGCGAUUGUGGCAACUCGCUCCUUAGCAUUUCGGUAUCUGUGGGUUGGCCGGUACUGUAUUCCUCGGGAUGGAGCCGAAAGGCAUGCGCAGAUAUCGAAUAUGGAUGUGAUACACGCCCAUGCCCAAGUAACGUUGGUCGCUGCAGCAGGUGAGGAUGCUGAUUAUGGCCUUCCCGGAGUUGGCAGUCGGUUUCGUUUUGUCCAGCCGCAUGCAGAGAUCAUGAACGAGAUGGUAGUCUCCACACUGCCACACAUAAAGGAGGCCCUGAAAGACUCUCGGUGGAUGAAGAGAGCAUGGACGUAUCAGGAAGCUUUACUCUCCAGACGCCUUCUGAUCUUCACAGACCACCAAGUCUUUUACGAAUGUCGCGGGACGAACUGUUGCGAAAGCGUUGAAAAACCGCUGCAAAGCCUGCAUACGAAAGACGGACAACGCCUCCGAGAGUUUGGCGAAGAGCGAUUGUUUCCACACAACGGGCUCGGAAAGUAUCCAUGGGAUGUUGCGACCCGAAUUGCAGAGUACUCUGCGAGGACCUUAUCAUACGAUUCAGACGCACUGGAAGCGAUGCUAGGCAUUUUCAGUGCCUUCACUCAGAGACAAGACCCAGGUGUCCCUAUAGUUACAACGGCAAAGUCGCUUGCGUAUAGGUCUGACAGCUGGAGAAGAUGGUCUACCAAAUCACGGGGGGCUCAAUUCGCUACUGGACUCUGUUGGAGUCAUGCAGCGCCUGCGAGAAGACGACAAGGAUUCCCGAGCUGGUCGUGGACUGGCUGGGUUGGG